UUGUUCAGUAAAUACACACUUAACACAACGUACCUGCCUCACAAGUAAUUGUUUCAGUAGCUAAAAAUCCCUGCUGUUGUUAACAUCUGUUAGCAUAUUAGCACAGUGUUGCUAGGGAAGUAGAGAAAACAGGGAGUGUUAAAACCGCACUCAGCCUAGUCCUUCCCUGUCAGUCUGUCAGACCGAGUCCAGCGGAGAGGUGAACUCCUCCAGCCUAUCUCCUGUCACCAUGGCGCGUGUUGAGACAUCUUCCAGCAGGCCAUACCACCUGGUUAUCUUCGGAGCCUCUGGCUUCACGGGGCAGUUUGUGGUGGAGGAGGUGGCCCGGACUGUGUCCGAAGGUCCUAAGGGAAACCUGAAAUGGGCCGUGGCGGGCAGGAGCAAACAGAAGCUGGAAAAAGUAUUGGAGCAGGCCGCUGGAGCCCUCAGUAAACCUGAGCUGAGGACAGAGGUGGACAUUAUCGUGGCAGAUGUUGAAGAGCCAGACUCCUUGGCAGCCAUGUGCAAACAGGCUGUGAUUGUUCUCAACUGUGUGGGGCCUUACAGAUUCUAUGGCGAGCCAGUGGUCAAAGCCUGUGUGGAGAAUGGAGCCCACCAUAUUGACAUCUGUGGAGAGCCUCAGUUUCUGGAAGGCAUGCAGUUCAACUACAGCAGCCAGGCAGCUGACAAAGGUGUGUACAUCAUCGGGAGCUGUGGAUUUGACUCCAUACCUGCAGACAUGGGAGUCCUCUACACCAGGGAUCAGUUCAAGGGUACACUGACUGCAUUGGAGAGUUUCCUGACUGUCAGCUCAGGACCUGAAGGUGGAUGUAUCCAUGAUGGCACGUGGCAGUCUGCCAUCUAUGGUUUUGCGGACAGCCACAAGCUCCAGAGUCUCAGGAGGAAGUUUAAUCACAAACCUCUCCCCACUGUUGGCUCUAAGCUUAAACGCAGGGGAACAUUAUUUUACAGCAAUGAGAUCCAGCAGUAUACUGUGCCCUUCAUGGGCUCUGAUCCCUCUGUUGUGAAGAGAACUCAGCGCUUCCUGGCAGAGGAAUAUCAGGAAACACCAGUUCAGUAUGGAGCGUAUGCUGGAAUAGGAGGCAUUGGCAGCAUUAUCAAGCUAAUGUUUGCUGGCAUGAUGUUCUGGUUCUUAGUCAAGUUCAGUUUUGGACGCAACCUGCUCAUCAAGCACCCUGAGUUCUUCUCCUUUGGACUCUUCUCUAAGGCUGGACCAACUAGAAAGCAGAUGGAAGCUUCAUCCUUCCAGUUUGCCUUCUAUGGAGAGGGAUACGCAGAGGGUGAGGACCCCUCGCAAGGAAAACCUAGCAGCAAGAUCCGCACACUGGUUCAGGGACCAGAGUGUGGAUACGUGGCCACACCCAUUGCCAUGGUACAGGCUGCCCUAACCAUCCUCAAUGAAUCCACUGCCUUGCCCAAGAAGGGAGGAGUGUACACUCCAGGGGCUGCUUUUGCAAAAACCACCCUGAUUGACCGCCUCAACAAACACGGCAUCCAGUUCUCUGUUAUCUAAAGUUCAUCCCCUCUGACGCCGUACUCCAGGUUUUUCUGAGCACUUACUAAUAUGCAUAAAAACAACUGGGAAGUUUCCAACUUUAAAAGAGAGCUAUUUAAUCACAAGAGCCUUCAAGAGUGAUGGAGUACACUUUCAGAUGAAGUCCUAACACCCAUAUUUGAUGAAACGUUUCAGCAUUUAUCCCUUUCAUUCAGUCAGAAACUUGCCAGUCUCCUUUUGGCUUGAAUGUACUAUUAACCCUCCGCUUUUAAGACAAAUAGCACAACUGUGGCAGUGUUUUGGAGCCAAGGACGGUGAAAGAACAGUGCUAUGUAAAUGGGUUUAACAUGGUUUUCUCAUGAUGUGAUUAUAGCUAAUGAAGAAUUUUGGCCAGUAUUUGGUUUACUCCCUGUCUUUGAACACAGAAAUUAAAUUCAUUUGUAGCUAACUGGAAAGAAUGUGUUCUCUCUACCCCUGUACACUACCAGGUGAUAAAAGAGAAAACAUGAAGAGGUCCCUAUUAUCAGACCAAAGACUGGAUUAGUGACUCUUUGUACAGAUAGAUGAUGAAACCCUGUACUAAUCAAAGUCUCUAAUGAUAGUGUAUCUGCAACAACUGGAUAAAAAGCUCCUCCUUGAGUCUGCCCAGGAUCUACCCAAAGAGCAGUAGAUAGUUGAACACAGGUUAAAAAUCUCACGUUCCCUUGUUCCCUUGAUCCAAGUUGUUUAACAGCCACAGUAUAGUAGGCAGAUAAUUCAUAAUAAUAAUCACUGUGGCAGAGUAGAGGAUUGAGAUCAGUAGUGAGCUUUAUUUUAAAAAGUGUGAACUGUUCUAAGAAAAAACAACUGUCAACUGUGUCAGAAACACAAACCUCUACAAUCUCUCUGUGUUGUCCUUGUAACAUACAGUAGCUUUAUGUGUACAAGGACAUGACGCCCUAAGUAGCACUAACAUGGUAGUCGUACAUGUGUCGUUCUGGUUCAGUGAAGUGAUGCUGCCAAUAGAGAAUUAGAAAUCUGCGUGUGCACGUACAUGCUUGCCUUUCCUGGCCUGGCCUGUUAGUUAAAAAUCCAGAUUGCUCGGUUUGACAGAUAGUAGUUGAACUAUCACUAAAUCAUCCUACUUUAUUCAGUGUUUGUUUUUGUUUUUGUAGCUGAAUGUUGCAGCGGCUCACCUAUCUGAAUGUUUGCUUUUGAGCCUUGUCAGAAAAUGCAUCAAAGCUGUUUAUGCACAAAACGGCACGAGUUACUCCAUGAAACUGAACAGAUGCUCUCUGCUGUUUAGUUAACAGGUGUGUUAAAAGUUUGUUUGUUUUGAAAUCUGAAGACAUUUUUUGGUCAUGUGGACUGGAAUAAUUUCACAGACAGAGUGAUAGGGUUGAUCUCAGUCCAGAUAUGUUUUUCACUUGUUUGAGUGUUUCAGUGUUUGAGCAUUAUGUGCACGUCACAGUUUUGGGGCUUUGUUUUGGUGUGCUUUGCUUUGAAUGGGCCUCAUAAAUAAAGCCAACUCUGCUAAUAAAAA